AUGGGAAGUAGAACAGAGAUGAUUGCUAGGGCAGUAAAAAUGGCAAUCGACAGACUGCUGGUACCAAUCCCCAGAGACGGAAGUCCAGCGCGGCAAAGUAACCUUCAUCAAAGAUCACUUGAACUUGAUCAACUCUUUCUUAAGACAGGUCGACCAAAAGCCAGGAGGGGCAUUGGAUGCCAGAAACUUGGUCAAAGGAUUGGUCAAUCGAGUAAAACAGCUAUUGUGAAUUAUGUAUACAACAAGCAAAAAGAGGAAAGAUCUUUCGAUUUUCAUACUUGGAUCACUGUCUCUCAUUCGCUAAAAGGAAGGAAGCUAUUACAGAUUAUGGUGCAAAGCUUCCAAAAUGUGUAUGGCAGCAACAGAAAUGGUGAUGUAGAAAUUAAUGAAUUCAUGGAUGUUGAAUUGAUUAGUGAAAUCAGAAAAUACCUGUGUGGAAGGAGAUAUAUGAUUGUUUUUUAUGACGUAAGAGAUAUAGACUUCUGGAAAAUGGUUGAACCUGCAUUACCAUACUACAACAAUAGUAGUCAAGUAAUAAUUACCGCUAGGGAUAAAGGCGUUGCAGAAUUUUGCCAAUGUUUUGCCCCAACUCACGUCCAUGAGCUACAACCACUGGAUGGGAACAAUGCUUUGAAACUCUUCUAUCAUAAGGUCUUGUUAGAAAGUUAUAAUGAUCUUCCCUACCACCUGAAAUCGUGCCUCUUGUAUUUUGGUCUUCUUCCAAAAGAUCACUAUAUCAGAUGUGCUAGACUCAUCAAUUUAUGGAUAACAAAGGGUCUAGUAAUGCAAAAUGGCAAUGCAGAUAUAACAACAUUGCAAGAAGUUGCUGAAGAGUAUUUAGAUGAACUAAUAUGUGAGGGUUUGGUUAAAGCAUUGGAUGUGUCUCCUUCUGGUAGAGUUCGAAUUUGGCGAAUCCAUUACUUAAUGCAUGACCUUAUUCUUAGUACAUGUCAGGAGAUGAACUUUUGUCAUUUGAAAACGAGGGAGGAAGAAUUUAAAUCCCAUGCAUCAGCCAGACGUCUAUCAAUCCAAGACAUCAGCCCUGAUGAUCCACAAAGCACAGGAAAUUAUAAAAAAGUGAGGUCUUGUCUUGUGUUUAACAUGGCAAGGUUACCAAAUCCUGUGUUAGAGUCAAUGCUCUUAAGUUUUCAUCUCUUAAUAGGAUUAGACAUUGAAGGUUCAUGUAUAGAUUAUCUUCCCGAAGCAGCUGGAAAUUUACUUCUUCUGAAAUAUCUAAGUCUUAGAAGAACAACAAUUAAGACCAUUCCCAUGUUCAUUAAGAAGCUUCAAAAUCUAGAAUAUUUGGAUCUAAAAUAUACUCAUGUUCGAGAAUUGCCUAAAGAGAUUUACAAGCUCAUCAAACUACGUUCUCUGAUAACAAAUUAUUUGGAGCAUGGGACAAAUCGCUCAAUCUCAAGUUUCAGAGGAGCAAAAGUACCUGAAGGAAUUGGGUGCUUAAGGGCUCUGGAGAAACUUACAGCAAUUGAUGUAGCUGAUGAUGGGGGUGUGGUGAUCAAUGAUUUGAAGACUUUGAAUAAUAUGAGAAGGUUGUCCAUUACAGGGCUAAGAAGACACAAAGUGAAGCUACUAUGCUAUUCAAUAGAGACCAUGAGCCAACUUUGUUCACUGAGUAUUUGUGGUGCAGAAGAACGUGAAGUUAUUGAGCUAGAGCCAUUAAAUAAACCUCCUCAGAAGUUGCAGCGCCUUUACUUGGACGCUCGCAUAGAGAGACUACCAAACUAG